AUGGCUGCUUCAUCCUUCGAUUUGGCUGAUCGUACCUAUACAUUUUUUUCAGCAUUAGGUUUUAGAAUUUGCCUCAGUACUGUUUCUCAUCCUUUCGAUUAUGCCAAAUUUCUCAUGCAGAUUGGGCAUGAACCAAUGCCAUCUUACCCAAGUAGGACUGUGUUUGGAAAACCAACAAGGGCCCUUCCUAACAUUUUCAAAUAUGUGGGCUACAUCAGAAAUACAGAUGGCAUUUUGGGAUGCUUCAGGGGAUAUGUUCCGAAAAUCACUGGUCAAAUUAUUAGUACUUUUGCUGCUGAAAAUGUGACAAAACGAAUGAAAAUUGAUGGAGAUUUUAAUCCGUCAGAAGAUGAAAUUUCCAAUGAACAGAGAUGGGUUCAUUUCAAGCAAACUCUCAUGAAAGAUUUUGUUGGAAAGUCUGUUACAAUAGUAGUUAGUCAACCUUUCUAUGUUAUUUCUUCCCGAUCUAUGGCCCAGUUUGUGGGUGGUGAAGAAAUUUAUAGUGGUUUCUUUGGUUCUAUUGCUGAAGUAUAUAGGAAUGAAGGAAUACGUGGUUUUUUUAUUGGUUUAGUUCCUCGAUGGCUGGGAGAAAUAAUAACAUUACUUUUGUCUAGUUUUGUUAUUUAUGGUAUUAACAAUUAUCUCAUCCAUGACCCAGAAAUAAAAUCUUUAAGCAGUGCUUCAAUUCAGUUCAUAUGUCAUACACUUACAUACCCUUUCACUGUUGUUUCUGCUUGUUAUACUGUCAACAACUGUGGCCUUGCAGCUGGACAACCUCCACAAAUGCCAAUAUUUGAUAAUUGGACACAUACUUGGAGAUAUCUUCAGCAGAUCAAUCAACUCAACAGAGGUUCUAAUACAUUAUUUAGGUACUGUCCUCCUACUAGGCAAUCUGGAUCUCUUGAUGCAAAAAUGUUGGAUACUUUGAAAUAA